CCUGUGUUAUAUGUUAUGUCCUUUUUCAGAAAUCCUUCUCUGUAUUUUGAAAGGUAUAAGGUCUAACCGAGGGAAUUUUGAACGUCAAGGUUAGGUUGCGUUUUCACGUUUUGCAUACAUCGUGGUGCACAGUGCCUGACCGGUCAGCAAAUACUUUUUCCACGUUUGGAAAACGGACAAUUAUGCUAAAUAUGCUGCCUUGUUCGAUUACUUCACAAACGUAGAAUACAUCAAGCAACCAAAAGUUACGCCCUGCCAUACUCCUACUUCCAAGUUUUUUUGUGUGCUUAGGAAUGGAGCUAUCAAAAAUUAUUCAACUAUUGGAUAUGUAUUGUUUGCCUCAUUUAGCUGAGAAAUGGGAUAAUGUUGGCCUUUUAGUAGAGCCAUCUCCUCCACAUCAUGUUAACAAGGUUUUACUUACCAAUGAUUUAACAGAACAAGUAAUUGAUGAAGCUAUCGCUGAAAAAACUGGUCUUAUUAUAUCAUAUCAUCCGCCUAUAUUUUCACCUCUGAAGAGAAUUACACAACAACAUUGGAAACAGCGUAUUGUUGUACGUUGUUUAGAAAAUCGAAUCGCUGUAUUUUCACCACACACUGGUCUUGAUGCAAAAGUUGGAGGAAUUAAUGAUUGGCUUUUGGAACCAUUGGCUGUGAAAAGUAAAGCAAAUCUAUCUCGAUCAUCUGCAGUCAGUCAAACUUUGGCUCAGUUGACUGUAGUGAUGGGUGAAAAUUUCACAGAAUUUGUUUUAUCCACAGGAGUAAAUGUGUGCACAACUAAUAUUCAAAGUGAUGUAAGUGUUACAUCAGCUGUUGUUACUUGUCCGGAGUCCGAAUUAAAACGUACAAUGGAUGUCAUGGAGGAGCUUAAGAUUCCACUGGUCAGUUUAAACACAAUCCAAAAGACAGAUGGGGAAGGAUGUGGACGAUUGGUUACACUACAGUUUCCAGUUCACCUGAGAGCAGUGAUUGCUGCUUACAAAAAGUUUCUAAACUUGGAGCAUUUAACUGUAGCUCUGGGAAGAGAUAAAACCCUUGAUCAUCCUAUUCAAACGGUUGCAGUAUGCGCUGGAUCCGGUGGAUCACUUCUUUGUCAAACACCGCUUGCUUUAACUGCUGAUCUAUUCAUUACAGGUGAAUUAUCACAUCAUGAUCGUCUUGAAGCAGUUUCUCGUGGUAUCUCUGUAAUAUUGGCUGGGCAUUCAGUAACAGAGAGAGGAUUUUUCAAGGAUAGAUUUAUUCCUGACUUUCGACAAUUGUUAACCACACUUCCUAGUUCUGGGACUGAUUCUCCGCAAUUGGAAUUGUUAAUAUCUGAUUUAGACCAUGAACCGGGUUGUAUAGUUUAAUUAGAACUGUGCUUUCACUGUCCUCUUUUGAUAUAGUUUACAUGGUGUAUAAUAUAAAAAAAAUAAUAAUAAAUCUAGGUGAUUUUGUAAUUUUUGUUGUCAACUUCUUGCUUUCAAUGUUUUGUAUCCCACAUGCUUUUAUUGUUGAAAUAGAUGUUGAUUACUGAAUAAGAGUAUUCAUUGAGAUACAUAGUAGAGGUAGUAUUUAGAGCAAAUAUAGCCUAAUUAACCAAACCAUAGUGAUAUUUACACGAUGAUAUGUACUACUGAUUAAUCGCUCCAUGAGUAGUAGGUGGAAACCACCCUCAUCAACCAGUGA